GUUGACAUGUAAGCGUCCCAAUGGGAUUUACAGAACCUCGGCCGGUAGUUCAGGCCUGUUUAGAUCACAACUGCGCGAGAUCCAAAGAAGACGUGCCUUCAGCUUCCCAAAUACUGCUCCGAACAGAUUUGGGACCCUAUAUCGGUCGCCUUCAGAUCUGUCAGUGUCAAACUUUUUGGGUACUGAGAUUCAGAAUUCUGAUACCUUUCAGUCUUCCUCUGACCCCGAGCUCCGCUCCCUGGAAAUAAGUAUAAUAUGAUAUGAUCACCUACACACGAAUUGGUUAAAUUCCAAGCUCCUAUGCUCUGGACCAUCUCAAUCCUCCUGUAGGCUUAGUGUGCGCCUCAUCUCCCAGGCAAAUCUUCCCUCGUGACAUAUGCCUACUUGCCCUAUUGACUCUUACUGGUCCAGGCAAUGCUCAUGGGAAAAGGUGUCAGCCAAGAAUGGUUUGAGCUCUCCCUACAAGUCGCUGAAUUAUCACGCUCACGAUAUUGACCAUGCGUCGCGCCCGCGCCUCAGUGUCGAAGGAGAUGUUGCACGUACACGUCAAAUACGUCCGGUAACGCCUAUCACGCCCGUGAAGUGUAUAUCAUCCAGCUACAAGAAACUUUUUCACGAAUUGCCCUGGGAAAGCCCUCAGGGUUCGCCAAGGUCCGUCGCUGCUAGCGACCAUUCGAACACGCAGUCGCCUCCGUCCUCCUGGAGUAUGACACCCCAGUCAGAGUCGUCUAGCCAGCAGGGUACUGCUUGGAGCCAGGCUUCUUCCACCGAUCGCGCUAGUCCAUCCAUGUCUAAUCAAUAUAUUUCGAGUCAAUCUCGGGUCCAACAUUCCUCGUUCCUAAACGAUGGUCAAACGAGGUCAUACCACCUUGAUGUCGUGCAGCAUCCCCAAAGGACCGCGGAGUUUGGUUCAGCUAGCCUCUCUCGUUUGCCACUAGCUCCGCCAGUAGUCGUACAGCUCACUGUACGCGAUCGCUUUGGAAAUUCCAUCAUUCCUGAGAUGGAGCUGCCGUUCUUGAUCGCCCACUUGUCAUUGUUCACGGAUGAUGGGUCACGACCGCUGGACAUGGGCACUUCACCAAACGGAGAGGCACCACCGCGGCGUCUGCUUUACGGAAACCUGGUGUCGUCACCCCAGAAAUUGCGCGACCUUCAGGGCCGUCUUGGAUUAUAUUUUCUGUUUCCCGACGCAAGUAUACGUUGGCGCGGCCGCUUUCAGCUCGGGAUUUCUCUGUUACGGAUAUCAGAGACUGAUGCUUCUGGUACUAUGAGUAUUGCAUCUCAAGGGACGGUGCUUGCACAGGCUCGCACACGGUCAUUUGACGUCUAUGCGCAUGAAAAUUACGUCGCACCGCCCAUUACACGCUUAACGCAAAGCUUCCUGAGACAGGGCGCACGAAUCCAUGCUUUCACACCAAACUCUUAGACCCUAGAAUUCGCGUUCGGACUUUCCGACGCAUGUUGGUCACCUUCGCAUUUUUUUUCUUUCGUUUUCUGCUGUAUAUCAUAGUUUGUGCACUCAUUCGACCUUCCAACACUGACAUCCAUUUCUGCUAUUCUUGUUGUCGCAUGCUCUUGACCUGCUGAGUGCACUGUGCACAUAUCAUCUGGCGCAUCAUUCAAAGUCUUG